UAGUAAUAUAUACGUAGACUGCAAAGAAGGAGAUUCCUAGCAAGCAUCCCCAUGGAUUCUGAUUUCCCUUGUCAAGACAUGGAUACUGAUCUUUACAUAGCUGCUAAAACUGGGGAUAAGGACUACUUGCAGAAGCCACAUAGCCUCCAGAGUAUUCCUUGCCAAGCCACAUCCCAGAAACGCAAUGCUCUUCACAUUGCUGCCAAUUUCAAGUGCAUAGGCUUUGCUGAAGCUCUUGUUGAGAAGUUUCCAGAGCUUCUGACUAGAGCUGACUUCAAAGGCGACACUCCGCUGCAUAUCGCCUCGAGAACUGGCUGUAGUAACAUGGUUAAGUGCUUUCUUGAAAGUAAAAAUGCCAAGCAAGCACUGGAAAUGAAGAAUGAGAGGGCUGAUACGGCACUGCAUGUGGCUGUGAGGAAUGGUCAUCUUGAGGUGGUGAACCGGUUGGUUCAAGAAAAUCCUAAGUUGUUGGAUUUGGUUAAUAAUCAUAAAGAGUCCCCCUUGUAUUUGGCUGUGGAAAGGGGGUUUUUCAAGAUUGCUAACGAACUGUUGAAAGGAAACAGUUCUGAAUGUUCCUGUGAGGGCACGAAAGGGAUGACCGCUUUACAUGCAGCUGUGAUUCGUACCCAUAAAGGUCCUGAGCUGGGUAAAUCCAUACCCGAGCUGUCUGUAAAUGGACUUGGACUGCAUCUAGGAGGAGAAUGGUUUCCAGGAACACAAUCCAAUGUUGGCCAAGAAGUUCCCGAAUUAUCUCUAGAAAAUCUUCGCCGUGUGGUUACAAACUUUUUCUUUCGGGUAGGAGGAUACUUCAAAGGAAAACAUCUCCGUGUGGAUACAAACUUUUUCUUUCGGGGAAAACAUGGCCGUGUGGUUACAAACUUUUUCUUUCGGGGAAAACAUGGCCGUGUGGUUACAAACUUUUUCUUUCGGGGAAAACAUGGCCGUGUGGUUACGAACUUUUUCUUUCGGGUACGAGGAUACUUCAAAGGAAAAAAUGAUAAAAUUGAUAUUAUGGAAGUACUAUUUGAAGAGAAGAAGGAUGUGAUAAAAAAGCCAGAUGAAUUUGGGUGGACCCCUCUUCAUUAUGCUGCCCACUUGGGUCACCUCGAAGCAACUGAGAAGUUACUGACGAAAGACAAAACUGUUGCUGGCAUAUUGGAUGGAGAACACAGUUGUGCUCUCCACAUUGCAGCCAAAGAGGGCCACACUAAUGUAAUGGAAAAGAUUAUCACAUGUCUUCCAGAUGUUUAUGAUUUGAUUGACAACAAAGGCCGCACAAUUCUUCAUAUUGCAGCUCAAUAUGGAAAGGCUAGCGUUGUUAAAUAUAUCCUGAAGAAGCCAAACUUGGAAAGUAUCAUAAAUGAGCCAGAUAAGGAAGGUAACACACCACUUCAUCUAGCUGCCAUUUAUGGACAUUACGGGGUUGUGAAUAUGUUGGCUGCAGACGAUAGAGUGGACAAAAGGGCAAUGAACAAUGAGUAUUUGAAGACUAUUGACAUUGUUCAGUCAAAUAUGGAUAUUGGAGAAAUAAUCAAGUAUUGGAUCAUGAGGAAGUUGGAGCAUGCUGGUGGUCGACAAAGUUUACACCGGUUGGUCAUUAGAGAAAAUGCAUAUAUGCAAAAUGGUGACAAUGAAGGAUACCAGGAAAAUGCAAAUAUGUGGACUGAUAACAAUGGACAUCAAAAGAGCAGUGAUGGCAUAUAUCGUAGUGCUAGCGAGACCAGUACUCAGAGCAGUGAUGGCGCGUCUCGUACUGCUAGCAAUAUGAGUAUACUUCUUGAUAGGAACAGAGAAAUCAUGAAAGAAAAGCAACUUCGAUCUCAUCGUCUCAAGGACAUUUCCAACACCCAUUUAUUGGUCGCGACGCUCAUAGCAACUGUCACUUUUGCAGCAGGCUUUACUCUACCUGGUGGGUACAAUGAUGAAGGCCCCGACAAAGGUAAAGCAGUUCUCUCAACAAAGAUAGCCUUCAAGGCCUUCUUGUUGUCAGAUGGUAUAGCUUUCUAUUGCUCAACUGCAGCAGUGUUUCUCCACUUUUUUGCUUCACUGGAACGAAACUAUCAUCUGCUUCUACGUUUCAUAAAAUUUUCAGCCAUACUCACAUACGUUUCCAUCCUAGGAAUGGUGAUAGCAUUUACUUCUGGCAUUUAUUUGGUGCUACCCAGUUCCUCAGAGCUUUCAACCUCUGCAUUUGUGCUUGGGUGUCUGUUCCUGACCUUUUACAUCUUUGGGGUUCUGUAGAAGUGGCUGUGUAGGAUUCACCUCUGAGUUAUGUACUCUUCUGUCUUAAUGAAUUCAGUCUGUUAAAAAGACAUGUAAAAUAAUAUUGAUGUAUGGGAAUUUGAUUUGUGCAUGGCUUGUUAAUUUGGAA